GACAGGCAGUGAGGUUGAUAGGGACAUAGGAGAGGAGUGGGGGCUGAGGACGGCUAACGCUGGACUUUAGAUUUUUUUUUUUUUUGUUAACUUACUGUUCUUUUGUAUUCCUUUGGCUGGGAUGGUGUCGCGUCAGACGUGUAACACUGCUGGCUGCUGUGCGACGAGACGGUUCAGACAAAAUGCUAAGACUUCAGCAUUAAGAUGCCGCGGAUCAGAGAGUAAGAGUCCCCUGGUAGUGGAAGCUGUAUAGGGUAUGUCCGCAGCGCACAGACUAUAUCACACGAAUGAUAUAUUAAUAGUACGACUACAAUAAGAAUGACUGUUCGAAUGACUGUCGAGCUGAAGAAGAUAGCGAGAAGAAAUAUUUACAAUUAAUAACACUGAAUGCUUUACUGGAGACAAAGGCAGUGCCGCAGAUCAAAAGCAUUCAAUAAAACCUAUCCCAAAAGAACAAUUGCAAGAUGUUUCGUCGCGGCUUCAACCGCUGGUGCGGAGGGGACGAAAAGAGAGUGGACAGCAGGACCAUCUACGUUGGACACCGGCGCUGUCCCGGCACAAACACACACCCCCCCCUCAAAUUCUGUGACAACAGGAUAAUUUCCUCCAAGUACACAGUGUGGAACUUCCUUCCCAAGAACCUGUUUGAACAGUUCAGAAGAAUUGCCAAUUUCUACUUCCUUAUUAUCUUCCUGGUGCAGGUGAUUGUGGACACACCCACCAGUCCAGUGACCAGCGGGCUGCCACUCUUCUUCGUGAUCACAGUGACCGCCAUCAAACAGGGCUAUGAGGACUGGCUCAGACACAAGGCUGACAACGAGGUGAACAAGUACCUGGUGAGCGUGCAGGAGGCCAACGGGGCGGUGCGCAAGGAGAGCGAGGAGAUCAAGGUGGGGGAUGUUGUGGAGGUCACUGAGGACGAGACCUUUCCCUGCGACCUCAUCCUGCUGCAGUCCACUCGAGACGAUGGCACCUGCUUCGUCACCACGGCCAGCCUGGACGGGGAGUCCAACCACAAGACUCACUUCACAGUGGCAGACACAGAGAAGGAUCUGCAUUCCUUCUGCGCCACCAUUGAGUGUGAGCAGCCCCAGCCGGACCUCUAUAAGUUUGUUGGCAGAAUGCACAUCACUAAGGAUGGCCAAGAGCCUAUUGUGAGGUCAUUAGGGCCAGAGAAUCUGCUGCUGAAAGGAGCCACCUUAAAAAACACCAAGAAAAUCUACGGCGUAGCUGUUUACACUGGGAUGGAAACGAAGAUGGCUUUGAACUACCAGGGGAAAUCCCAGAAGCGCUCUGCAGUGGAGAAGUCGAUCAACGCCUUUCUGAUUGUUUAUCUCUGCAUCCUCAUCAGCAAGGCCCUGGUGUGCACCACGCUCAAGUACGUGUGGCAGAGUCACCCGGGCCAUGAUGAGCCCUGGUACAACCAGAAAACACAGAAAGAGAAGGACACCAACAAGUUACUCAAGAUGUUCACAGACUUCCUGUCAUUCAUGGUCCUGUUCAAUUUCAUCAUCCCGGUGUCCAUGUACGUUACCGUGGAGAUGCAGAAGUUCCUGGGCUCGUUCUUCAUCUCCUGGGACAAGGACUUCUUCGACCUGGAGAUCCAGGAGGGUGCUCUCGUCAACACCUCCGACCUCAACGAGGAGCUGGGGCAGGUGGAGUACGUGUUUACAGACAAGACGGGCACUCUGACUCAGAACAACAUGGAGUUCAUCGAGUGCUGCAUCGACGGCUAUCAGUACAACUACGGGGACUCCAGAACUGAGCUGGACGGGUUCUGUGUCACCGACGGGCCUGUCAGCAAACUGCAAGAGAAGGCAGGCAAGGAGAAGGAGGAGCUGUUCCUGCGGGCGCUGUGCCUGUGCCACACUGUCCAGGUGAAGGAGGGCACGGAGCUUGAUUGCAUGGACGAGGUGGAUGGGAUCAGGGCGAGCAAUGAUGCCGAGCAGUGCUGCUAUAUCGCCUCCUCCCCAGACGAAGUGGCGCUGGUCAAGGGAGCCCAGAAGUACGGGUUCAUGUUCCUGGGCAUGGAAGGUAAAGAUAUGAAAAUACAGAACAGGAACAAAGACGUUGAGCAGUAUGAACUCCUCCAUGUGUUGAACUUUGACCCAGUGAGGCGGCGGAUGAGCGUGAUUGUGAAGACUAAGUCAGGGGAGACUCUUCUGUUCUGUAAAGGUGCCGACUCCUCGGUGUUCCCACGAGUGCAGGCGGAGGAGGUGGAGAGAAUCCGGAUGCACGUGGAGCGCAAUGCAACGGAGGGGUACCGGACCCUGUGCAUGGCAUACAAGUCUCUGAGCUCGGAGGAGUUUGAGCAGACUGACGCAGCGCUGCAGGAUGCCCGGCUCGCCCUGCAGGACCGUGAGGAGAGGCUGGCACAGGUGUACGACCAGGUGGAAGCAGGCAUGCACCUCAUCGGGGCCACCGCUGUGGAGGACAGGCUGCAGGAGGAGGCUGCAGAGACGAUGGAAGCCCUGCACGGUGCAGGGAUGAAGAUCUGGGUACUCACCGGAGACAAGAUGGAGACGGCCAAGUCCACCUGCUACUCCUGCCGUCUCUUCCUGAGGAGCACAGAGCUGCUGGAGCUGACUGUGCGCACCCUGGAGGAGGGGGGUUGCCCGAGAGAGGAGAAACUGCAUGAUCUGCUGCUAGACUACCACAAGAGAGCGGUGCAGGACCGGCACAAGGACAAAGACAAGGAGGGGGUCACCAGGAGCUGGUCCUCUGGGUUCCAGGAGUUUGGCUUCAUUGUGGACGGUGCCACGCUGUCUCUGCUGCUGAACGCCUCCCCUGAUGCCAGCGCCAGUCGCUACAAGAGCCUCUUCCUGCAGAUCUGUCAGAACUGCACCGCCGUGCUCUGCUGUCGGAUGGCUCCACUGCAGAAAGCUCAGAUUGUGAAGAUGGUAAAGAAUUCCAAAGGUAGUCCCAUCACCCUGUCUAUAGGUGAUGGAGCCAACGAUGUCAGCAUGAUAUUGGAAGCACAUGUGGGCAUUGGUGUGAAGGGUAAGGAGGGCCGGCAGGCAGUGCGGAACAGUGACUACGCCAUCCCCAAGCUGAAACACCUGAAGAAGCUGCUGCUGGUGCACGGGCACCUCUACUACGUCAGGAUCGCACACCUGGUGCAGUACUUCUUCUACAAGAAUCUUUGCUUCAUUUUACCUCAAUUCUUAUACCAGUUGUUCUGUGGAUUCUCUCAACAACCCCUGUACGACGCUGCCUACCUGACGAUGUACAAUAUCUGCUUCACCUCCAUGCCCAUCGUGGCCUACAGUCUACUGGAGCAACACAUCUGCAUUGAGAGCCUGCAGGAGAACGCCUCGCUCUACAGAGGGAUCGCUAAGAAUGCAAUGCUGCGCUGGGGUCCCUUCCUGUACUGGACAGUGCUGGGGCUUUUCGAGGGGCUUAUCUUCUUUUUCGGGGUGUACCAGCUCUUCUGGAACCCCGCCCUGGCGGACAACGGGCAGGUUUUUGGAAACUGGACUUUUGGAACAAUUGUGUUUACAGUUCUAGUGUUUACAGUAACCCUCAAGCUGGCAAUGGACACUCGACACUGGACCUGGGUCAACCACUUUGCCAUAUGGGGCUCACUAGCUUUCUACAUCUUCUUCUCUUUCUUCUGGGGAGGAAUCAUAUGGCCCUUCAUGCAGCAGCAGCGUCUCUACUUCGUCUUCGCUAACAUGCUGAGCUCGGUGUCGGCCUGGCUCAUCAUCAUCCUUCUCGUCAUGGUCAGUCUGCUGCCGGACAUUGUGAUCGGGGUCAUCCGCCGGCCGCAGGGGCCAGACCGCCACCAGUUCCAGAAGAAUCCAGACCAGUCGAGAGCAGGAAACCCCCUGUCGCCCCGAUCUCCAGCCAGACCCCUGCUGUUCAGAAACUUUUCAGAUGAGUCCAAUACUGUCCUUUAAACAGAGUGCCAGCAUCACCUCGCUGUCAUACAAACUCUUCAAGGAACUGGACUGAACAGGGAGGGCUAUCCGGAAGGCUGCCAGCACAUCGUGCAGCGUGGAGGUGCCCUACUUAAUCUUCGGCUGUGAUCAACACCUUGCCCAGCGGCGCACUGUCCUCGCAGUCACGCCUAAUGACCGGGUUUCAGGGCAAUUCCAGCAGAUGAUUCAUGUCUGGCCCAGUUCCAGAGACAGUAGGCAGUCCGGUCGACCUUGUUUCUCUCACAGAACAACAGCCCACUGACCUGGCAAGCCUUACCAGUAACUUAAGACCGAUUAUUUCCAGCAAUUCCAGUUCUAAACUUUUGGGGGGGGGGGGUUGGGGCGUCUGACAAUACAGUGUCCAACAGCUGAACAAUUUUCAAUGAUUCUGCUGGGAUUUAAAUGAUUAUUAUUGGGGUGAUGGAUUUGUUUGGAAGAACGUGUUUUAUGAAAAGAAAGUGUAAUCUCCGGGAGGCUCCACAUUUCACUGCAGUCGAUUUUAGAAGAUUCCUGUAUCAAAGAAAUAAAAUAUGUGGUGUGCAAAGAAGGGAAGUAGAGGUGCAGUGUGUAAGUACAAGGGGCGGACAGCACAGUGUAAAAACCUGCGAUGUGUAGCAAACACUGGGUUUGAAAGGGCUGCCACAUGACCCAUUUUCAUUUGCCAUGCAAACAGUGUCUCCGGUGAUGUUUAAUCAGUGGCCAAUUUUGAGUAGUUGCUGCAGAUUUUCUCCCUCCACUUCCAUGAAGGGACUGUAGGAAGUGGUCUUUUGAGGAGUUGUCACAAACUCGUCAUGUCAAACCAGCGCUGUCCUGGCGGCCAUGCUGUAGACGCAGCUGUUGCUAUAUUUCUGUCCAACCGCCUUUUUAUACAUGAAUGUAGUGGACUCCCUUUCAGCAUAUUAUCUAUACUGUAUCAUUCAAGGAGUUGCAAACUGGAUUUGAGAGACUUCUUAUUGCCAUUUGAGCUCUUCUCAAAUCCUAGCUUGAACAAAAAAAAAAAAAAAACACAUUGCCAACCACACCCUUACAAAAUGUAUAUAUGCUGAAAGGGGUUUUCUUUUGGGCCAAUAUUUUAUAUAUUGCCCUUCUGUUCCCUUCAGCUUGUCUUUGGAGCUAGUUUCCAUUUCCAUCCUUACCUCAACACUUCUUCAGAGGGUCAGCCAUCAAAAACAAACGGUUAACGACCCACUUAGGGGUCAGAUGAGAAAAGCGCGGACGGUGAGGCCACAGGGGAUCCAAGAGAAGCCCAAAAGGGAAUAGAGGAGCCAGGCUUGAAUGUGGCAGUCUGAGAUUGCAGUGUUAAUGAGACGGCACUGUCAAACUAGCUCUGGAGACAACGCUAUUGAAACUGUGCUUGUGUGCAUUUUGCAAUAUGUGUAUAACCUGUUUUAAUUAAGCAAGAUACUGUCCCCCCCCCCAACCCCUCCAUUCUUCAUUACAGAAGUGCCAGUUCAGUGUCCUAGAUGAUUUUCCUGACUCAUGAGGUUGUGCAUCUUUGUUUAAUCUCAUGCAUUUUGCAGAAAUUACAUUCCAUUCAAACAUGUUUUAAAUCAGAUUACAUGUGACUGGAUGAUCCAUAUUUAUGUUCAUAACUCUGUUAAUUUUCUUAUUUAUUGAAAUGUAUAAUUGACCUUAAUAAUUGUACUGUAUUUUAUAUAUUCUUAAUAUUAUUGAGAUUGUGAUGCAUUUAUACUCUGUAGAAAUGUGUCUUGUGGGUCAGUGGAUUACUUGCGGAGUCAUGCCCUGCUCUUGUAUGUGAUUGGCUCAAUGGCAAAAGCCUGCUCAUGAAUAAUGCUGGGAAGGCGGGGCAUUCUGGUGUUCUGACCGUGCAGGCCCCUCCCCUCAGCAUUAUCAGUGUGUAGGUUAAUUUGGUCCUACUAGUUUUGUUGUUGUAGUGUGCUUAUUUUUCAUGAAUUCAGUGUGUCUAUUUUAAAACUACCCAGCACAUUGUGGACAUUCUUCAUGUUGAAAACCAACAUUCCCAAUACUGGACCAAUUGAUGUGUGUUUUAGCAGAAAAGGUCAGUUUCAAAAAUAGAGAAUUGGUUUAGAAGUGGGAUAAACAGAGGAGUGUGAUGGUUCCAGUUCCUAUUUUUCUGAAUUGAUUCAGAAUUAUAGUGCUACUAUGGCCUUACUGCAGCAGCAGCAGUGGCUGUGCUUCCAGUUUGUGUUUAAUAAUGGGCAGUGCUUCUAAGUGAGCAACACAGAAAGCAGAACAUGACAUUUAACACCAUCACACAUCUUCUGAUCGGUUUUAGUCGAUCCAUGAAGUCCUGGGCAGGAUUUGCAAGGAGUCUGUGUUGUAGAAUACGUUUUCUAACACUUUAUAAAAAUGUUCAACUAAACGCAUCCUCAUAAUGCAAUUUUGUAACUUGUAUUUUUAAUCUUUCAAUGAAGGUGUGUGUUUGCUUUAUUUAAAAAAGAAAAAAAAAGACAGUUGUGCUAUGAUUGUGAGCAGAAGACUGUUUCCAGAAUGCAUGUGCAGCAGUGCUGUCUAAAUAGAGCUAAACCUCUGUGCCACCGUUCCACUUUCAGAGAGAGGGGAGGACCACACAACUAAGUGACUCAAACCACUGCCUGUACACUAUGGACCUGCACCAGGAGUCAUAUCACAGGAACCCGUUCAAGAGUCUGCUUUUAAGAAGGCUUCUUUUACAUCUCAAAUGAAUGUCUGUCAUUGAUGUCAUUUUAAAUAAUAAUAAAUGAAAGAUUGGAAACAAAA